CGGGUUUGUUGUGUCUGGACCGGUUCCGAAACGUUUUAGGUAAUUUGUGGUGAAACUUACGCUAGCAAUGUCGAAAACGAAAGCAUCGGACGAGCCGGCGGCUAAAAUGCGCAAAGGAGCCCUCACGGUUGCUCAAAUAAAUGCCGAUGAGCUUACUUUUUUGGCAAACCGUUUUUGGGCUCCGGACACCGUCGGUAAUCACGAAUCGUACAAUCCGUCGGUUAUCGAAGAAAUCUAUCGGCGUGAGAUUUGUGAGUCGCGUUUUUCUAUGCGUCGAAUUAUGAUGCUAGAGUUUAGUCAAUAUCUAGAAAAUUAUCUAUGGCCUAACUACUGCGGGGAGAAAUCGACUCGGGCUCAUCUGAUGUCGAUCGUUGUGAUGUUGAAUGAAAAGUUUCGCGAAAAGGUAGAAGUUUGGCAGAUUUUUGAUAACCGAGCGGAUCAGUUUCCGAUUUUCUUCCAAAACGUGUUGGAAGCUUGUCUCGAGGAAAUCACGGUCACUCCGUUUAACAUGAGAGAGCAAACCUCGUUGCUGGUGUUCUUAAACCAUUGCUUCAACAGCAUGGAAGUGGAAUUGUGCCGUAAUCAAGCCAAACGGUUGGUCUCGCUGGCCAUGUGGUCCUGCUUACAACCGCGCAGAAGAGAGCAGGAGUUGAAGGAAAUUCCGGAGUGGAAGAAAUUUUGGAAAAGGUUACAGAAGAGGGACAAACCGGAAAUGAAAGAAAAGUUUGAAUGGGAACGGCACUUUUUGCAAAAUCUCAUGAUUAAAUUUAUGAACAUUCUCGAGUUGAUUCCCGUCGAAGGUCCGGUGUGUGAAGAAACGGUGCGUUAUUGUGAGCGAUUUUUAGAAUUUCUUAUCGAUUUAGAAGCACUACUGCCGACGAGAAGGUUUUUCAACACGGUGAUGGAUGAUUGCCACGUGGUGGUGCGGUGCUCAAUGGCACCGUUGUUGCAGCGAGCCGAGGGAAACUUAUUCGCACAGUUGCUUGACAUGCUAAAGUUCUACGCUCGUUUCGAGAUCAACGAUGAAACCGGAGAUCCGCUGACCGAUCAUGAUAUGACUCAGGUGCACUACUCGAAGAUUAAAGCCCUCCAGAAGGCAGCGUUCGCGAAGUUCCCCGAUCUGCGAUUGUUUGCCCUGUCGAAUGUGGCAAACGUCGAUACCCGUGAAUCGCUGGAGAAACAUUUUGGUGCCCUGGACGGUAAAAGUCUGAAGGAAAUUGCGUGCUAUCUGAACUUGGUUCCGGAGGAACUGGCACCACCCUUCGAUUGGCACCGGUUGGAUGAACCGUUUUUGCGAGAACUGCUAAUAUCUCGACACGAACGUCGAGUUUCACAGUUGGAAUCUCUCAACGAGAUGCCACUCUAUCCGACGGAGGAAAUCAUCUGGAAUGAGAAUAUCGUUCCCACGGAGUAUUACUCCGGGGAAGGUUGCCUAGCUCUGCCGAAACUAAAUCUACAGUUUUUGACGCUGCACGAUUAUUUGCUGCGAAACUUCAACUUGUUCCGGUUGGAAUCAACUUAUGAAAUCCGACAAGAUAUCGAAGAUGCUGUCAGUCGAAUGCUUCCCUGGCAGUCAGAAGAAGGCGAUGUAGUUUUUGGCGGUUGGGCCAGGAUGGCACUACCGAUACAGUCCUUUGCAGUGGUUGAGGUGUCCAAGCCACAUAUCGGUGAGAAAAAGCCAUCUCGCGUAAGAGCUGACGUUAGCGUUACUCUCAACGUUCGGAAGGAAAUUCAAGAAGAAUGGGAGAAUCUACGGAAGCACGAUGUUUGCUUCCUGAUCACGGUAAACCCGACGAAGACGAUUGGAACGAAGUACGACUACAAAGAUCACUUUAUUCCACAAGUUGGACUGGUUCAUGUGCGGGGUUGUGAAAUCGAAGGAAUGUUAGAUGCUAAUGGAAGGGUUAUAGAGGAUGGCAUUGAACAGAAGCCCCAACUAACGGGAGAACAGCGAACCUACCGGGUGUGGUUGGAUUCCAAUCAGUACCGUGUAGAUAUGGAUGGUCUACAAGCAGGAGGCGAUGAUGUCUAUGAGGGUUUCAACAUUAUAAUGCGACGUAAACCAAAGGAAAACAAUUUUAAGGCGGUUCUAGAAACCAUCCGGCACCUGAUGAACACGGAGUGUGUCGUUCCACCGUGGCUGCAUGACAUUCUGCUUGGCUAUGGGGAUCCUGGAGCAGCACACUAUAGUCGAAUGCAGGAUCAAGCACGCGUGAUGGAUUUUAAUGACACGUUCCUGGAUAUUGAUCACGUAAAAAGUAGCUUUCCCGAGUAUGAGUUGGUGGUGAAAGAAACGGACGAUAUCAAACUGGUUCGUCCCUUCCGGUUGACUUUCGGGGAUGUUCCAGAGCAACACGCGGGCAGUAGCAGUGACGAAGAGGAAGAUGAUAAGAAAAUCGAGCUGCCCAAGAGAAUCUUGGUGGAAUCAUACGUCAUUCCCAAGCGAGGUCCAUAUAAAUAUAAUGAGCCGAAAAAGAACACAAUUCGCUUCACCCCAACGCAAAUUGAAGCAAUCAAAGCGGGAAUGCAGCCCGGUCUGACGCUGGUUGUCGGUCCUCCCGGUACCGGCAAAACCGACGUGGCCGUCCAGAUCAUCUCGAACCUGUACCAUAACCACCCCCAGCAACGUACGUUAAUCGUGACCCAUUCGAAUCAGGCAUUGAAUCAACUGUUCGAAAAAAUUAUGGCACUGGAUAUCGACGAACGGCAUCUGCUUCGGUUGGGUCAUGGCGAGGAAUCGCUGGAAACGGAAAAGGACUACAGCCGUUACGGGAGAGUCAACUACGUGCUCUCGAAGCGUAUCGAUCUGCUGGGACAGGUUCAGCGUCUGCAGGAUUCGCUCGGAGUGGCUGGAGAUGUUGCGUACACUUGUGAAACGGCAGGCCACUUCUAUCUUUAUCAGAUCAUCGCUAGAUGGGAAAAAUUCUUGAACGAUUUCCGAGAAAGCAAGGAGUACAAAAACGCUGAUGCGUUCCAGGAUGAAUUUCCCUUCUCCAAGUUCUUCCAAGAUGCUCCUCAGCCACUGUUCCACGGAAGCACUUUCGAGGAAAAUAUGGACAUCGCUCACAGCUGUUACCGUUACAUUUCGCACAUUUUCACCGAACUAGAAGAGUUUCGAGCUUUCGAAUUGCUGCGAAGCGGGCUGGAUCGGUCUAAAUAUUUGCUAGUUAAGGAAGCCAAAGUCAUCGCUAUGACCUGUACUCAUGCCGCAUUGAAAAGAAAAGAACUGGUAAACAUGGGUUUCAAGUAUGACAACAUUCUGAUGGAAGAAUCUGCUCAGAUAUUGGAAAUCGAAACCUUCAUUCCGCUGUUGCUUCAAAAUCCAAUGGACGGAUACAAUCGGUUGAAGCGCUGGAUUAUGAUCGGCGAUCAUCAUCAACUGCCGCCGGUGAUCAAGAAUAUGGCAUUUCAAAAGUAUUCCAACAUGGAACAGUCACUGUUCACCCGACUGGUACGGCUGGGUGUUCCCACUAUCGAUUUAGAUGGACAAGGUCGUGCCCGGUCGGGCAUUUGUGAACUUUACAAAUGGCGUUACACCAAGCUGGGAGAUCUGGAACACAUUAGCCAGUGGCCUGAGUAUGUCCGCUGCAAUCCGGGCUUUGCCUACGACUAUCAAUUGAUCAACGUAGAAGAUUUCAAUGGUGUCGGAGAAUCCGAACCGAAUCCCUAUUUUUAUCAGAACUUAGCUGAAGCCGAGUACGUUGUAGCCGUUUUCAUGUACAUGCGUCUUAUUGGCUAUCCGGCGGAGAAAAUUUCCAUUCUGACAACGUACAACGGACAGAAGCAUCUUAUUCGAGACGUGAUUGAUGCCCGCUGUGCGGAUAAUACCCUCAUCGGAAAACCACACAAGGUAACAACGGUGGACAAGUAUCAGGGUCAACAGAAUGACUAUAUUCUGCUGUCGCUGGUACGCACCAAAACUAUCGGUCACAUCCGUGAUGUACGUCGAUUGGUGGUGGCCAUGAGUCGUUCCAGAUUGGGUCUGUACAUUUUUGGACGGGUGUCCCUAUUUAAGAACUGUGUAGAGCUACAACCGGCGUUCAAGCUGUUGACGAAACGUCCACUUCAGCUGCAGUUGGUAUCCGACGAAACAUUCCCCGGUCAACGGAAAAUGGAUGAUGAUUCCGACCAAAACGUUGUGGUUAUGAAAGAUAUGACCGAAAUGGCACAGUAUGUUUACAAGUAUUACAUGGAGAAGGUUAACGUGAUCCGAGAAGAGAUGGAAAAAAUGAAAGAGCUUUACGAACAUCAUCAAAAGGAACAGGCAGCCAAGCGAGCAGAAGAGGAAGAAACAGCUAAAAAACUAGAAGAACAACAGACUAUCCCACAGAAAGCGAAAGAGUUUGUACCGGCUUUAAUUUGUAACGAAAUCGAUGGUGUUGACGACAUUCCCGAGAAGCCAAAACGUGGUAAGAAACGAGCUGCUCAAAGUGUCAAGAAAGUUGAAAAAGAAAAAGAAGCGGAGGAGGAAGAGGAAACGUCGGAACCUGAAUCGAUGGUAGCGCAACCUACUGAAGAAAUGGAACAGCAAAGCGGAGAAGCUCCCAUGGAAGAAGCAGACAGAGAAACCGAAAAAGAAAGAGACCAAUCUGAGGCAACCGUUGAGCAGACCACAGAUGAAAGUGGUGUAGCUGAAGUUCCGUCAGUUGAUGAAGGAGUUGUUGACGAAGAAAAACAGAAGGAAAAAUUGCCACAAACGGAAAAGGUGCAGACUACGGAAUGUGACGACACGCCAAUGAUGGCGACCGAAACGGCGAAAGAAAAGCAAAUGACUAGCGAGGAUGCUGAGUUGCAAACUGAAAAGUAAUAUAUCUAAAAUUUAAACAUUGUUCAUCAAAGAUUUUUUCAUUUGCCAAUAAAAUUAUCUACAAU